GAUGAGUCAGGCGAUAUGAUGCUGCUGCCGCUCCUGCUGCCAUUUCAUCAGCAGCGAAACCCCACAAACACGCCGCGACGCGCGGAGUCGACACCACGGGAUCCCCCUCCUCCCCCCGCCUGACAGGGACGGGGCUUUUUUUCUCUCUCUCGUGGCUCCGGGAGAACGCGCAAGGAUCCGGGUUUUUCUUUUUAUUAUUAUUAUUAUUUUUGAAUUCACAUCUCAUCGCACCAGCUGCGUCUCGGCCGGGCCCCGGACUGCUCGGUGCCAUGGAGCCCGCGCCGGCCUGCCUCUGAACGGAGGGAGCGCGCAACCAUUCCGGCCUAAGCUGCUCUCCAAAAGCGACGGAGCCGCGCAGCGGGGGCAGAGCGCGCGCGCGACGGGCCGGUCAUGGAGGCCAUAUGGCUCUACCAGUUCCGGCUGAUCGUCAUCGGGGACUCCACGGUGGGCAAGUCGUGCCUGAUCCGCCGCUUCACGGAGGGCCGCUUCGCGCAGGUGUCGGACCCCACGGUGGGCGUGGACUUCUUCUCCCGCCUGGUGGAGAUCGAGCCCGGGAAGCGCGUCAAGCUGCAGAUCUGGGACACGGCGGGCCAGGAGCGCUUCAGAUCCAUCACCAGGGCCUACUACCGCAACUCCGUGGGCGGGCUCCUCCUGUUCGACAUCACCAACCGCCGCUCCUUCCAGAAUGUCCACGACUGGCUGGAGGAGGCCCGCAGCCACGUCCAGCCCCACAGCAUCGUCUUCCUGUUGGUGGGCCACAAGUGUGACCUGGAGGCUCAGCGCCAGGUGACCCGCCAGGAGGCAGAGAAGCUGGCGGGCGCUUACGGGAUGCGCUACGUGGAGACGUCGGCCCGCGACGCCAUCAACGUGGAGCACGCCUUCACCGAGCUGACCAGGGACAUCUUCGCCCUGGUGCGGUCCGGCGACAUCACCAUCCAGGAGGGCUGGGAAGGCGUGAAGAGCGGGUUCGUGCCCAACGUCGUCCACUCCUCGGAGGAAGUAACCAAGAGCGACCGCCGCUGUCUGUGUUGAUCUGGGGAGAGUUUUUGGGGACUGAGGGUGUAAAGGGGGGGAGGGCAGGAAGGAUUUAGAGGAGGGUGGCUGACGGACUGAAGGGUGUCGGCCCUCUGGUUUAAACCGCUGUGAACCCUCCGUUGUUCUUUGUUUGGACCGGAUACCGAAGGGGACGUUUGAGGACUUUCAGGAAGACGAUCGGAGAGGAACACCUUGAAUACCUGGAGGGCGGAGCCCAUUUCCUUUAGCUCUGGGCCUCCACAAACGUCUUAGAAAGAGGAUCCAUUUUGGUUCUUGCCAAUUAGUUGCCGAAACACUCGAGACUGAUCGUGUCUUUCUCCCGUCACCUCGCGUCCCACCUCUUCUUAAUCUCCUCCUCUCGUCCAAUAUGCAAUUACAUGAUCACAUACCAAACGAUCACUUGGUGUCCACCAUCGUCCGAGCACACUGAGCAUAUUUCAGUGAAAUUGUCAACACGUUUGAACCAUUCUGCUAAACGCCACUCUAACGAAACAUCGUCACUCAUCCGGUUACUAACAGACUCGCUCAGCAGGAAGAGGCAACGUGUACAGCUUCAGUGGGCGAGGCGGACUUGUUGGACUCGCUGUCCUCCUUUAACUGGGGACAAAGUGAACAAACAGGACCGACGGAGCCACAAGGCACUUUAAAGGGCCGAGUCCACCUCAGCUGUGGAGGCACAUUUGGGUUCUGGAAAGCGAAGCAAUCACAGAGGGACGAGACCACCACAGAUGAGCAAUUGUCCUUAUUAUCGGCAAUGCACGGACGAUAUAAUCAUGCAAAGAAAGUCCAAUUGGCGGCCAUUGAAUUAUCCCGACACCGGCGCAGGGAACCUGAGGUUAUGAUUAGCCUUUUUCUUAUUUGUGUGCACAAUAUCUCACCCAACCUUUAUUUUUCUCCUAAUGUACAGCAGUGCUACAGGUUGAUGUACCGUCGACUCACCAUGGAACUUCACUGGGACGAAUCGGGUAGAUUUCAGAUACCAAACAAAGCCGAUUGCUAACUGCAACGUCACGUGACUAAGUGCAAACUGAAGUCGGUCAUGGUUUAAAAAUGCUUUCUUUAAUCCUCACUCCAGAUGUCAGGCCAGUUACUGGCGUUUCUUUUUUAAAGCCAAUCAGUGAAUCACAACGUCAUAUGAAAUGUUUUUCAAGGAAUACCUAAAUGAAUGUGCGUUGGAAGGUGAUUCACUGAUUACAUCAAUAAUCUAGAUUCCAAUUUAAACUACAUAUUCUUGAGAUUAGCACUGGACCAAAUACAUCCAUCUGUUCUUAUGAACCACGUCAAACGGCAUACUUGCUUAAUUUGCUGUAAUUAUUUUUUCAGAACAUUGGAACAGCUAUUAUUGAAGUUUUGUCCUUAAUCAGAUGCACACUCCCAAAUGAAUGCUCAUUCCUCGCUAUGAUCUAUGUGUAUUUUCCUUUUAUAAUGAUUUCAUGCAAUGCCUUUCCCUCCACAGUUCAUAAUGACAGCGAGAAAUCUGCAAGUGCUUCAUUUUUUCACGGGUUGCCUUCUUUGUCUCCAGAGGUCUGCUCGUGUCUUCGUUAUUUAUCAUGAAUGUAUCAGUGGGGAAGAAAAAGGAGAGAUUUUUACAAGAAACGUGUAAAAUGAUUCAACAUGCUGAUUGUUACAAAAAGAACUGAGACAAAAGGUGAUUUAGAUGAUGUGAGACUUAAUUGGAAAAUCAUUGAAAUUUGAGUUCAAUUACAUUCCCUUUAGAUUAAAAUGCUGCAUUAUUCAUGACAGAUACAAGAGACACUUUUGGAUACCAGUGUUUUUUUAAUCGAACAUUUUCAAGCUGCUGGAAGCUCAGAGAAACCUCUCAGCUUUUUACUCAGAUUUUACUGUAAAAAUACUGUCUUUGUCAUUUGGGGAACUUUUGCUUAUUUGAUUUCUUGCAGAGAACUUCUUAUAGAUGAGAAGAUUAACACAUCUCACGUAUGAGCACAUAAAGCUGAUUAGCGUAGCUUAGCAUAAAGAUAACUAGCAUAACAGAACUAUCCCAGUUCUUUGAUCGUUCUCAUAUUUCUAGACCAAACCUGCAAAAUACUUAUUUUCUCAUUAACGUGAAACCAUCAGAUCUAAAAACAACAUGUGACCAGUUAGUUGUCGGUUCACCAUUUAAACGAAGACUUACUUCUCACAUCAGGUGUGUAUUGUUUUCUGGUAUCGAGAGGCGAUCCUUUGAAAGAGUUAAAUAUGAAAGUGGCAUCAGCUGAUUCCAGUAAAACACAAUUUGAUCAGUGUGUGAAUGAAGCAGGUAAUUAACCACCGAAGACCUCCUUUACUGGAGAGGUCUACGAUCAGCUGCUAACGAUCUGCAAGAGGCCGCUCAGGUUUCUCCGGCCUCUCGAUGGAGCAUUAGUUUCCUAACAUCGAGUCACAUGACGCUACUGGAGCCGAGCCGCUUCGGACGUUCUAUUCAAUCUGAGCUUUAGUUUGGUGGAAACAAGAAGAUGUGAACUUGGGAAAGUUGCUGGAACGAUUCACCCCGAGGGGUCGAGGGAGGCUCUCGUAUGAUGGAGAGCGCCUUCAAAUGUGACAGCAAAGCAAUCUGCUACCGUGGCUCGUUUCCAUGGAAACGUAUGAUACAGUGAAUUACUGGCAUUGCCUUUACACUUGGCUUGACUUAGCAGAAGGAAACAAACUAGAUCAUCAAAAGAAAACUAUAUACAUCAACCAGCAGAUAUAAACUCACCACUUCACAGUCCGGCAAAAAACAGAGCAUCUUGUUUUUACUCACUUGUCUUUAUGCUAAGCUAUUUUAAAGGAUUUCCCAGAUGUCAAGAAAGCACAUACGCUUAUUCCCAAAAACAUUGGUCUGUGAAAUGUUUCAGUGGAUUCUGAGGUGAACUUUCCUGGUGGCGGCCGAUGUGCUCAACUUCUCGCCCCAAAUCAUUUGAAGGCCCAAUUCUAUUGUGUAUUCUGAUGAAUGCAGAAAGGAUCUCGGUAGCUUCUUUUUCCCCCCAGUAACAAGAGAAAUGUAAUAAUGAAUAUCUUAGAGAAUUGCACGUGCAACCUCUCGAGACUCGGCUUUCCUUCGACGUGGCGCACAGACUAUUGUUCGCACAGCGGAGGAGGUUUGACCUGUAGCCGUCUGAGACAACGUGCCUCCAAUGUGCCGCCCAACAAAAGCCCUCACAGGAGCAACAACAACAACGACGACGACAAUGCUUCACCUCUUCUCAACCCUCAUAGCUGUACAGACUGAACUGUAUCUCACGGUCUCUUCCUCUGCUCUACUUAUCUCAACAAACUGAAAAUGUACUAAAAAAAAAAAGUGAAUAAAACGUGACUGGAAUAUAGAAA